AUGGCGAAUACGAACAUUAAGGUCGUGGCAAUUCUCUCCAUCCUUGUUUUCCUGCAGGCUUCCUGCACCGCCGGCCGGCAUCUCGGCGGCACUCCGGCGGUGAUGUCCUUGAACAGCUUCGGCUGGCCAGCGAGCUGCGACGGCAAGUACCACAGCGACAGCCUCUUCCUGGUAUCGCUGAACUCGGGGUGGUACGGCGGUGGCAUCCGGUGUGGCAAGAUGAUCCGCAUCAGGAGCCCGGGCGGGCCCACCGUGGAGGCCAUGGUCUUGGACGAGUGCGAAAUCCGGGGCGGCUGCGGCCACCACGAGAUGGGCACGUCGGUCGCCGUGUGGAACGCCCUCGGGAUCGACCCUACUGCCGGCCCGGUGUCGGUCACCUGGUCGUAUCUCAACUGA